UUUUAUGAUAUUAAUAUUUAAGUUAUUGAUCUAGCAUUUUUAAAUAGGCUAAUUAAAGCGGAAAAUCACCAAAGUGACAUCUUCCGUGUAAAUUAGUCUGUUCGGGGUGUUAGAUAUUUGUGUGUAUGUGAUUCAUGCGGGUAUUGACUGGCCCAAAGGAAAGUUAAUAUUUGGUCAAAUUGCAUACAUACCUAUGGUGAUAAAUAUGUGAUGAUUAUAAAGGUAACUUAAUGUGAAUAAUAAAUCAAUCCAAAGAUAGAUUUAUUAUUUGACAUAACUUAUCAUCAAUGUUUGAUCACUACAACAAGAGUACCACUUACAGUUAAUAUUACUGUCCAAAGACUUGAUAUUAAUGUUGUGCUAGGUAUCUUGAAAUGUCAUAAUUGCUUUUAAAUUUAAAGAUUAUGUGUUUAAUUGCUUAUUUUAUGUGAGCAUGAUGGUUUAUUUGAUUCAUUUUAUUUUGUUCUGGAUUCAGCUUUUAUAUCAACCACUUCUAUAUCUGCCAACAUCAAUAAUGUCCCUAUGUUAAAUGGGACUAAUUUUAAGGACUGGAAAGAGAAUAUGAUGAUUCUCUUAGGCUGCAUGGAUAUAGACUUAGCCUUGAGAAUGCCCAAACCCGAUGAACUCAAUGAGCAAAGUACUCAAGAGGAUGAGGUUUAUUGGGGUAAGUGGGAACGUUCAAAUAGGCUAAGUCUUAUGAUCAUGAAGCACGGCAUUCCAGAAGCUUUCAGGGGUGCGGUAACCGAUGAGGUUACUAAUGCCAGUGACUUCCUUGCGGAAAUUCAGAAGCGUUUUGCCAAAAACGAUAAGGCUGAAACGAGCACGCUUUUAGCAAGCUUGAUUUCAAUGAAGUAUAAAGGCAAGGGUAAUGUUCGGGAGUACAUCAUGGAGAUGUCUCAUCUUGCUUCAAAACUUAAGGCUUUGAAACUCGAGUUAUCUGAUGAUUUACUCGUGCAUUUGGUUCUCAUCUCUCUUCCUGCACAAUUUAAUCAAUUCAAGGUCAGUUAUAACUGUCAAAAGGAUAAAUGGACUCUUAAUGAGCUCAUUUCAUUCUGUGUGCAAGAGGAAGAGAGAUUGAAGCAAGACAAGACCGAAAGUGCUCAUCUGGCUAGCACUUCGAAGGAUAAGGGCAAACGAAAGAAUAAGGAUAAUAAGGUUGCUGCUUCUAAUGGUCCAGAACAAAAGAAACAGAAAGUUGAGGUAACAUGUUUCUUCUGUAAUAAGCCUGGACAUACUAAGAAGGAAUGUACCAAGUAUGCUGCUUGGCGUGUUAAGAAAGGGUUGCCUGAGUUACCGAAAACCAAGUGAUGCUGAAAGAUGCAUCUAUGUCGGAGACGGUCAGUCGGUAGAAGUAGAGGCAAUAGGGCACUUUAGAUUAUUAUUGAAAUCUGGUUAUUUUUUGGAUUUAAUAGAUACUUUUAUUGUACCGUCUUUCAGACGGAAUUUAAUUUCAGUUUCUAUUUUGGACAAAUCAGGUUAUUGUUGUUCAUUUGGAAACAAUAAAUUUACAUUAUCUAUUAAUUCAAAUGUUGUAGGAACCGGUUUACUUAAUGUUUAUGAUAAUCUAUAUUUGUUGGAAA